ACUGUAUAUCAGAUAUUUUCUCUUUUGAAUAUUUUAUAAUUAAUAGUUUUAUUCAAACUAUAAAAUAUAUUAUUAUUGCUUUAUUUUAGUUUAAGGUUUAGUUUUUAAAAGUUGUAUUUAACUAUCAAUUGAUUAUUCAAAUAUCUUCAUUGAAUUCAAUAUACAUUAUAUUUAAUUAAUUGUUUUAAGAAAUAUCUUCAUUAAUGGCAUUAAAUUCGGCGUCAGUUUUAUUACCAGUUCUUCUGUUGUUUGGUUUAAGUGGAGCUUUGAUUUAUGCCAUAAGUCGUAAAAAACGUGAUUAUAAAGAAGUGGCAAAAGUAAUUAAAUUAAUUAUAUAUCCAAUCAAAUCACUUCCCGGUAUUGAAGUAAAUGAGGUGACAAUUACAAAAAGUGGCCUUAAGUCGGGUCCGGUUAGAGACAGGAUGUGGAUAUUGAUUACAAAAGAAAACAGAUUUAUUACACAAAGAAUCGAACCAUCUUUAGCUUUAUUGAGACAAAGUAUACACCAAAAUGAGAUUUGGAUCGACGGACCAGAUAUGCCAACACUUAAACUGAAGAUUGAGACUCAAAGACAAUCUCAAGACAUUAUCUUACAAACUAAAGUGUGGAACCAAGCUAUCGACGGUUUAUAUUGUGGUAAAGAAGCUGAGGAAUGGUUUUCAAAAUAUUUAAAUAAACCAAAUACUAAACUAAUACAACACAUACCUGAAUGCGGUUUAAGAAAUAGUAGUUUAGAAAGAAAUGAUAAAGUGAUUCAAUCAAACAAAUACCCGAUAACUUACCAUGAUGGAUCACCUGUUCUUGUUAUUAAUCAAAAUUCUAUCACUAAUUUAAACAAUAAACUAUCGAAUGAAUGUCAAGUGAGUUACAGAAACUUUAGACCAAACAUUUUGAUCACAGAUUGUGAACCUCAUGAAGAAGACAAUUGGAAAUAUAUGAAAAUCAAAGACAUUGAGUUUGUCGGUCUUAAGCCAUGUGAUAGAUGUGUAUUGACUACAAUAAAUCCAGACACUGGUAUUAAAAUGGAUUCUGAACCUAUCAACACUUUGAAAACAUAUCGAUUGGCUAAUGAAAAAGUUCGCAAAUAUUACGGAACAUCUCCUUUGUUUGGUAUGAACUUCGCUCCAGAAAAAGAGGGACAUAUAUAUUGUGAUGAUAUCAUUGAAGCUGUCGUUAAUCAAAAUAAUUAAACUUAAAUUUAUUG